AUGGCCGAUGACAUGUGGCGGCCGCCUGUCAAUCGACUGAUGCGUACGCUGGAUCGAUCGUUCUUCCAGCGGACCGUCGAACUCAAGGCCGCUCGAGUGUUUGACAACAAGAACAUCUCCAAGUGUCGGUCAGCCCUCGAGCGCAGCAAGGACGCCCUCGCUCAGGAGAGGCUUGGCAGCGUUCACCCAGAUCCAGACGCUGAGCGCGCAGGACAAGGGAAAAAAUGUAUCUUGCUGCGCCCUGAGGUGAGAUCAGCCCAUGAUGCGGGCAACAAUGGAUCGCAGCUCAACGGUGCGAGUAGUCCUUGGCCCCAUUCGCCAACAGUGACCGAGUUGGUUGAACAGGAGCUUAUCGCUGUCAUCCCAUUUCAUUUGAAGCUCGACUACGGCUACUGGACCUAUCACGACAUCAUUUCUGCGAUUCUGCCCGAGGACGAUCAGGGUGAGAUUCCCUCCGGUUUCUCCCAAGUCGGGCAUGUGGCACAUCUCAAUCUCCGCGACGAGUACUUGAAGUAUAAGAACCUCAUCGCCGAGAUCCUCAUGGACAAGAAUCCGGGCGUUCGCACCGUAAUCAACAAAGUCGACGACGUAGGCGAAGAGAGCGAAUACCGAACAUUUAAAUACGAGGUCUUGGCAGGUCCUGACGAUCUAAACGUGACCAUAUCUGAAGAGAACUGCACGUUCAAGUUCGACUACAGCAAGGUCUACUGGAAUAGUCGCCUCAACACGGAGCAUCGUCGCCUUGUUGCCCUUUUCCAAGAAGGCGAGGCUGUCUGCGAUGUCAUGGCAGGCAUUGGUCCCUUUGCUGUCCCAGCCGGAAAGAAAAAGAUCUUCGUAUGGGCCAACGAUCUCAACCCGGACAGCUACGCCAGCAUGAAGGAUGCCAUCACCCGUAACAAGGUGCAGGACUACGUCCAACCAUUCAACGAGGAUGGUAGAAAAUUCAUUCGGACGGCUGUCGCUGAGCUAGCGCAAAGCAAUCGGAGUGUGGACGUUUUGAGCAGGCCGUCCAGAAAAGAACCCGACGCGAAGCCUGAAGUCAUCAAGACUUUAAAAGAGCCAAAGACAUUUCAGCACUUUGUGCUCAAUCUACCGGCCACUGCGAUCACUUUCCUCCCUAGCUUCAUUGGUCUGUACCCUCCAGAAGUACUGCAUCACCUACCAAAAGACUUGGAUCUACCACUCAUCCACUGCUACUGCUUCAGCACCAAGAGCGACGAAAACAUUGAAGAAGGCUUCAAAAUCUGCGAGGAGCUAUCACGCCAGCUGCAGCACGAAAUGGAACCCGGCAAAAUCGAAGACGGUGGCGUCGAAAUCUACGACGUCAGAGACGUGGCUCCAAAGAAGAGGAUGUUCUGCGCGAGCUUUCGACUGCCCAGGGAAGUCGCCUUUCGAACAGCACCUGCUGCUGCUGUAACCGAAGCUGUCGUGCCUCCUUCAUCGUAA